UGGAGUGAGAUGGAGGUAUUUCAGGCGUGGGAAGGGUGAGGUAAAGUAGUGUUGGGGGAUUCCCGGGCAAUGGCUCUGAAAUCUGGCUAGCUACUGCUUUGCCUUCUUGUCAGCUCCAACCGGGUAUGGUAGGGUUUGUCCCGGGCGUCAAAGGCAGGAACACGAGCCGCUAAAUGUAUCCUUGAGAGUCAGUGCCCAGAAGCGGGCAUGUCACUUCUCUGGGGCCUUGGUAGCCCUUGAGGUUAUGCUCUUUGACCUUUGACUCGUGUGCAGCUUCUGCUUCUCCAGCCUUGCACAGUCACUGGAUGUGUGCUGCUUCAGGCGGAGGCUACUCUCUGAGUCUGAAUCUGAGGAGCUGAGAGCUGGAGGUUGUCUGUAGACUGCACUCCCUGCAGCUGGGCAGCCUGUUCUGUAUUGCUUAAUAGAAAUGAUGUAGAAAACAUGAAUAAACGUGACUGACCAUUCAUGAUGAUUCAGAGAAACGCUAGCUCAGAUAGUCUGGUAUUCCAUAUGAAAAAUGGAAUGAGAAGUACCAAGUAUAAACCAAUAGAUUAUCAACAAUUACAUGCAUUGACUGAAGCAAAAAAAUUAGCAUCUGCCUCUACACAGCUAAAGAUCAGAAGAAUGGUGCAGACCUCAAAGAUAUCUAAACAAAAAACACUAAUAAAACAACAUAAGCAAGUGUGGUGGCAGGAACACCAAAGACUAAAUGAAAUCAGAUGUAAAAUGGAAUCUGAAAUACAAUCCUUUCUCAAUGAAGAAAACAUUGGAAAUGAGUAUCUUUCUGACCUUACAAAUUUUGAGCAAGAAUUAUCAGAACAAUGGUGCACCUAUCUUAAAAAUGUGGUAAGUCCUGUUCAGCAGUUAAGAGCAGAUCUGAAAUACAGACAGAAUCAUACUUUACAGCAUUUGGACCCACACGUUGAGUUUAAUGCAGUGAAAGUACUGGAAGAGGUUGACUUUGUGAAGAAACAACUGAAAGCUGUUUUUGAAAGACUCAACCUAGAGCAACAGAAAAUAGAAAAUGAUCUUUCAGACUGGAGUAUGAAAAUACAAGGUCAUUUUUUGGAAGAAAAAAGUAAUCCUCUUAGUAAACUGCCCAUGGAAUUAGAAACUUUGGAAUGCCCUUACCCUGAUUUAAAAUCUUCAAUCCUUAAUGAGUUCUGGAACUUUAUAGAGAAAUAUCAAAAGAAACUUCAAGAUGUUGAUCUUCAGUUAGAAGACAUAUACAGAAACUUCCAUUUAAAUAAAGAAGACCACUGGAUUUACCAGGCUAUUUUGGAUCAGUAUCCUAGAGAUGUCUUUGGUAGAAGAACUCUAUAUCUGGACAUGUUACAAAGAUAUUUUCCCCACAAAUCUAGGUAUGAUCUGGUUGAACAUGAGAAAUACUGUGACCAGUAUCAUUUUGCUAGAGAGCAGCGAAAGAUCUUGAUAUCAAAUUGGAAUAAGAAUAGGAAAGACUUUAUACAGAAGGCUGUGAUGACCGUUGCCGAGGCUUGUGCAGCUCAUGAAAUGGAGAGCACAUUGGCUAAAGACAGGAAAAAGCAACAGGAAUUGUGCGCUGAGUUGAAAGCCAAGCCAUAUGUGUACAUGGACCAGGUUCUUCAAUGGCGAGCCCACCAGGAAGAAGUAGUGAGAUUGGAAAUGGAUAUUUGUGCCAGAAGAAGAGAAAGGGAGGAGGAGAAAAAGAAACUGUGGAAGAAGAAGGAAUUGUUACAAAGAGAAGAGAAGAAAAACAAAAUAAGAAAAUACUGGGCUAAGAAAGAACAGAAUUGGAAAGAAAUGGAAAUGAGAGAUCUUCGGCGUCUGGAAGAACUGAAGAAAUUAAUGGCUCAACAGUCAGUAAAAGACAGAGAAAGGGUUAAAUAUCGACAAGAAUUAUUGGAAAAGCGUUUGAUGGAGAAAAAAGAAGUGGCCCUUCAAGAAGCACGUGAAGAACAAGAGAGAGAGAGGCAGCUAGAGGCCCUCAGGAAACAGGUUGCUAUUGUUGCUCAAUUUGAUCCCGUUAGAAUGAUGUCAGAUACAGUGGCAUCGAAAGCUAAGAUGGGUAUUGGGAUUGAAGAAGAAUUUAUUCUUCAAAAGCCACUCUUCACACUGAAUACAUACAAUGAACAGCAGAUAAUUUCUGAUCCUAGACUUCGGUUUGAGUUAGCACUUCGAGAAGCAGGACUUCAUAAAACAUUUUAUGCCAAAGAGAUAUUUCCAAAAAUCAAUCCUCAAAAACCUCCAAGGAAGGACAUGGAGUCUACUGUAUUCAAAAUCUAGUUCUCAUCCCCAAAUUAUAUUUUAUAUAAACAGGAUUUUUCUUUGAAUACAUUUAUAUUUAAUUACCAUAAUUGCUAUUUACUAAAAUUUUUUAAGAAUCAGACAUAGAAAUCAAAGCAUCUAUUAAAAUAACUUUCUUUUAUAAUUCUUAGAAUUUUAAGUUUUAUUUAAUAGUAUUAAAUUCCCAAAGAUUAUGGAGCUUAUGAUAUAUAUGGUACAUAUACCAUCAUUUUGUAAAUUACAUUUUGCAGAUUGCAUUAUCCUAUGAAAGGACCUCAAAAUAACAAUUUGCAAGAAGUAUAAAUUAUGAAGCCACUACCUGCUAACCUUCUUGUUAUUUCAGAAUUUGACUUUUUAAUUAUGGAAGCGUCAUUAACAUUAAUACUUCUAUUAUUUCUUGAUUAUUAUAAGAGGAGAUGCAACCUUUCUCUAAAUUUAGAAACCAAUUUGGUACACCAUGUUUACUGCAAACCAAUCAUCCAAACAAUUUCAUUUUGCAAAUUAGUCCUUAAGAAUAAAUUAGAAAUUAGAAAUAGCAUUUCAAGCAUGGGAAUAUCUGUUUUGGCUUGGAAAAAAAUGCAUUUGUAUAGUUGCUUGGAAGGAAUAUUUAAAAGUUUACAAUAAUUGGAAUUCUUUCAAAAGUUCCAAAUUAUCUAGUAAAUAUCUAGAUUUUAUUUUAAAAGGAGCAUUUCAAAUAAAAAUUAAGCAUAAAUUUAAGACUGUUUCUAGAAACUAGUUAUUUACUCAGAAUAGCAAGUCAGUGCUGUUGAAAGUUACCAAUUGUUAAUAGGAAGACCACUUGCAUUUUUUCUGUUGUGGCUGCCACCCCACCCACCCAUUCUCCAUCCACCUGUAGCCCAGGGGUUGUGGUCUCCAUGCGGUUACUGGAAUAAUGUAGAAAAGACAAAGACCAGUCUGACAGCUGGAAUCUUUGGCUUCAUGAUGUC